CCGCUUCUCUGAAAAAAGUGUUCAGUAGCGUGUCCUACUGCUGGCUCCGGUCUGGCCGGGUGAGUGCUGUGCUGGAAAAAUGGCGGAUGCUUUGACACUUUUCACUUCCAUCGGGCUCAGCGAGCAGAAAGCGAAAGAAACCUUGAAAAAUGAAGCGCUGAGCUCUGCCCUCAAGGACGCGAUAGUUCAGGCUCAGCGGGUCCAUGGCCCGUCAGGAGUGGACAAAGCCAUGGGCACUCUGCUGUACAGCAUGGCCUCUCGCCUCAGAGACACCAAACGCCUGGCAUUCCUGUCAGACCACAUCGCUCAGCGCAAGAUCUGCACAGAGCUACAGCUGGCAGCUGCACUGGACUUUGUGAAGAGCCAUCCGCAGGAUCCCAUGAACCAGAAGGAGUUUGAAGACGCUUGUGGAGUCGGCGUGGUGAUAACACCAGAGCAGAUCGAAGAUGCAGUUGAGUCUGUGAUCAAGAAACACAAAGAACAGCUGUUAAAGGAGAGGUAUCGCUUUAACAUGGGACUGCUCAUGGGAGAAGCACGUACUGCUCUGAAGUGGGCUGAUGGGAAAAUAAUCAAAAAUGAGGUGGACAUGCAGGUCUUACACCUCUUGGGCCCCAAGACAGAGGCAGACCUUGAGAAGAAACCUAAGCCCCAGAAGGCCAAAGCCCCCGAGAACGAGGUGAAGUUGAAGAAAGAGGAGGUCGCAUUGAAUGGUGAGAUGAACAAUGAGGGAAAGUCUCUAAUGGAGCAGCUCAGAGGAGAAGCACUCAAGUUUCAUAAACCAGGAGAGAACUAUAAGACUGAGGGCUAUGUGGUGACACCCAACACCAUGAACCUGCUUAAAAAGCACUUGGAGAUCACUGGUGGGCAGAUACGUACUCGUUUUCCUCCUGAGCCUAAUGGUAUUCUUCACAUCGGACACGCCAAAGCUAUCAACUUCAAUUUUGGCUAUGCAAAGGCCAACAGUGGAAUUUGUUUCCUGCGGUACGAUGACACAAACCCGGAGAAGGAGGAGGAAAAAUACUUCACUGCCAUCAGGGAGAUGGUGGAGUGGCUCGGCUACAAACCAUAUGCCAUCACCCACGCAUCAGACAACUUCCAGCAACUAUAUGACCUUGCUGUGGAUCUUAUUCGCAGGGGCCAUGCCUAUGUGUGCCACCAGAAGGGAGAGGAAUUAAAGGGCCACAAUGUACCGCCAUCACCAUGGAGAGACCGUCCUGUUGAAGAGUCGUUGAUCUUGUUUGAGAGGAUGAAGAAGGGCCUUUAUGCUGAGGGUGAGGCUACACUCAGGAUGAAGAUGGUCAUGGAGGACGGGAAGAUGGACCCUGUAGCAUACCGAAUCAAAUACACACCACAUCACCGAACAGGAGAUGAAUGGUGUAUCUACCCCACCUACGAUUACACCCACUGUCUGUGUGACUCCAUUGAAAACAUCACACACUCGCUUUGUACCAAAGAGUUUCAGGCCAGGCGGUCAUCAUAUUUCUGGCUGUGCAAUGCCCUGGAUGUAUACUGUCCUGUGCAGUGGGAAUAUGGACGCUUGAACCUCACCUAUACUGUUGUGUCAAAGAGGAAAAUCAUCAAAUUGGUAGAGACCGGGAUUGUUAGAGACUGGGACGAUCCUCGUCUCUUUACGCUGACUGCGCUGAGGAGAAGAGGUUUCCCAGCUGAGGCCAUCAACAACUUCUGUGCACGGGUGGGAGUAACAGUUGCCCAGGUAACGAUGGAGCCCCACCUACUGGAGGCAUGUGUGAGGGAUGUGCUGAAUGAAACGGCACCUCGAGCCAUGGCUGUCCUGGAGCCCCUCAAAGUUACCAUAACGAACCUUCCUGAGAAUGCAAAGUCAGAUGUACGAGUACCAGACUUUCCUGCCAACGAGGCCAAGGGCAGCCAUGUGGUUCCAUUUACACGCACCAUCUUCAUUGAACAGAGUGACUUCAGAGAGGUGAUGGAGAAGGGCUACAAGCGUCUGACCCCAGAACAGCCAGUUGGCCUAAGGCAUGCUGGUUAUGUCAUCUUUGUGCAGAGGGUCAUCAAGGACUCUCAGGGUAAAGUGGUAGCGUUGGAGGUGACUUGCUGCAGUUCCACUGAAACUGCAGAAAAACCCAAGGCCUUCAUCCAUUGGGUCAGCCAGCCACUGAAGUGUGAAGUACGCCUCUACGAAAGGCUAUUCCUGCACAGAAAUCCAGAGGAUCCGUCCGAAGUUCCCGGGGGCUUCCUGAGUGACAUCAACCCUAAUUCCCUGCAGGUGAUCAGCAGUGCCUUUGUGGACAGCUCAGUGAAGGGGGCAAAGGUCUUUGACAAAUUCCAGUUUGAGAGGGUGGGCUACUUCUCCCUGGACCCAGACAGCACAGCAGAUAAGCUCGUCUUCAACAGAACAGUCACCCUCAAAGAGGAUCCUGGGAAGAUCUGAUUGAGCGAGAUCAAGCUGCACCCCCUGCUUCCCAUGAGCCCACAGAAACAUUUUCAGUGUAUCACCGAUUGCAUCACUCAUUGUGGAACAUCAGACUCGGACUACUCAGGCAAAAAGUGAAUCCGAUUAUAAACUGUAGCAUUUACAGUGUCUCCGUCUCUAAACUGCACCCCUCAUGUUAGUAACUGUCUGAAAUGUGAAAGCAUUUAACAGCGGGGAAAAAUUGGUUGUCUUGGUUUUCAGUUGUAAUUUAUUCAUACUAAAAGUGGCAUAAGCAGUUACAACGGUAUCACUUUGAUCAGCCCAAAUCUUAUGGGCAGUCAGUGUCAUAAGUGGCCUCUUGAAUAUUUUCUAUAUCUACUGCAAUAAUAUGUACCUACAAUGGUUUGUCUUUGUUGAAUGUAUGCUACUUUGGUCAUAGUUCAACAGGGGCCUUAAAUCUAUUAAUUUUAUAUCGCCACAUAUUUUUUUAGCUCUAAGCUGAUGUUACACAGAGUAAAUGCUCUCCAAUGCACUGUAUGGUUUUCUUACAAAAGUGGUUUGUCACUGCCAAACCACCAUGUGUUUUUGUAAGUUUCAGAAAAGUGACAUGCCAUUUUGACAGAAGACCAUGAAUAAAUAAUACUUAAAGAAGAUGCAA